AUGGCUGCUUUAGCAUUUAUUCCACCCGCUGAUGUUAUCGAAGGUUAUGAAUUACUUGAUUCAACUAAUUAUUACGAUUGCCAUAGUGAUAUGUCAUACGAAUUUCUCUCUUAUUUUGAAUCUACAUGGAUCGGAAAGAGUCGUCAUAACAAAAAUAAAAGAGAUAAACCAAGAUUUUCUAUCAAAUUAUGGAAUUGCUACGGAGCUGUCAUUCGAGAUCAACUACGAUCAAAUAAUUCAAGAGAAGGGUGGCACAAUAGAUUUAAUCGUCGUGUUAAUACCUGUCACGCCUCUAUUAGAUUAUUUCUAAAUGCCAUGAAAGAUGAACAGGUGAAAACAGAAACUCUUAUUACUCAAAUCAAUACAGGUUUAGAUAUUUCCACUCGUCGUAGAGCCUAUUGCAACUAUGAUGACCGAUUGAAAAAUGUCGUUAUCUUUUACAAUGCCAAUGAUAAACUAGAUUAUCUAAAAAUUAUUGCAAAAAUUAUUUCACUCAAUAAUGCGAGUUGA